UCUUUCCCCCUUAAUAGUUAACCUGAUUUAAUGUUUUUUAAUUGUUUUACUGAUUAGUUUUAUUCCGCAAUUUGAUUGUCUUACCUUCAACUUAAUUAUUUGCAUCGUGAUUUCGUCAAAAUUUGUACCUCAUGUCACUUAAAUGAUAUGAUUUGUAUUGGGCGAUUUCUUUGCCGGUAGUUUUUCCUCUCUGGUUGGUUUUCAGUUUUUUUCUUUUCUUUUUUUUUUGUUUUUUUUUUUUUUUUUCUCUCGCUCUCUUGCUGGUAAGAGUUGGAGAGAGAAAAAGGACUCAUUGGAUUGCCUUUGGAAAUUAAUCCUUAUUGCCUUUAAUUGUGAAUGUUUGGUAACAAGCAAUUGAUGUAAUUACACUGAGAUGUAAUUUAACUGCUGAUGUAUUCGGUGCCUUUUUGAUCAUCGUCUUCUGACUUUGGUUUGAUUGUUUUCCUUUUUUUUUCCUUCUCUUCUCUCUCUGGAUUAAUCGUUUUAAUUUUUUUCUCUGGUGUAGAUUUGUUAUUAUUAGUAUAUUAUCUCCAUCGUCAUUUUCUACACAUCAUCAUCAUCAUUUCUGGCUCUCUUUCUCUAACUCACUAUCUGUUCUCUCUCUCUCUCUCUCUCUCCUCUUAAAGCGCUUGUUUUUACCUCGGCUGUGUUGUGUUGUCUGCUGAUUACUGGUGUUACUGUGGUGUCUGUUUGUGCUGCUUUGCCACGUUGGAUAUUAAACAUCACAUCGUAACAAGGGCCCAACAAGGCUUACCAGGCCAUUGUGAUCACGUCCUUUCUUUUUUUUUCUUUUUUUCUCUAUCUCAUUACAAUUACUCUUCAGGUAUUCGUCAUUCUUGAAACUUGAAAGACCAACUUGAUCACCAUCCAUUUAUAUUUAACUACAACAAAAACCUCCAAUCAACUUGAAGCAAAGUGCAAAAGAGAAAGAAAAAAAGUAUUAUAUAUAACAUACACACAAACUUAUAUAUAAAUAUAUAAUAUAUAUAAAUUUAACUUUGUGAACCAACAAGUGAAUUAUAAUAUAUAUAUAUCAACAAAUAAGACUUAAUCAUUCAACUUAUAACUAUGCCUGGAUCCGGUGGCCACCGUAAUAUUGGUAAUAAUCCAAGUGGUGGUGGUGGCAGAGGUGGUGGGGAUGGUAGUGGCAGUGGUACCAGUGGAAGUGGUGGUGUUAGUGGUAGUGGUGGUGCUCGUCGCUCUGAUUUCCCGUUACGUAUACUUGUUUUAUCAGAUAUGGUUGGAGCGAUUAUUGGACGAUCGGGAAAUACAAUUCGUUAUAUUACAGAGGAAACUAGAGCUCGAGUUGAUGUACACAGAAAAGAAAAUUCCGGUUCAAUGGAAAAAGUUAUUACAAUUUAUGGUAGCCCAGAAAAUUGUUCAAAGGCCUGUGAAAAAAUUAUGGAGGUGAUGCAACUAGAAUCUGAUAACACCAAUAGAGGAGAGAUACCGCUUAAAAUACUUGCUCAUAAUAGUCUAAUUGGUCGAGUGAUUGGUAAAAAUGGAGCUACAAUCAAACGUAUUAUGGAACAGACCAAUACAAAAAUUACUGUUUCAAACAAUUUACAUGAUGUAAACUCUUUCAACAUGGAGCGAGUUAUUGAAAUACGUGGUCGUUUAUCAGAGAUUUGUGCGGCUGAACAGAUGAUCAGUAACAAAUUGAGAUUAAGUUAUGAGAGUGAUUUAGCUGCCAUGGCACCGACAAUGCCAAUGUAUCCGGGACUUCAUCCAAUGGCAAUAAUGUCAACUUAUGGAUCAGCCGCUGCGGCUGCUGCACAUGGUUAUCAUCCUGCUGGUCCCACUGGUCCACCACCGCCUCAUGGAAGAGGUUCUGGCCCUGGUUCUGGUCCUGGUGGAGGUGGUGGUGGUGGAACUGGACAUCAUCAUAACACUGGUGGUCCAGGUCAUCAUCAUCAUCAUCAUCCAUUAGGUCCUCAUCAUCCAGCAACUGCUCCAACCGGACCUGGGCCCUCAUCAUACGGUCUCUAUGGUAGCCCAUCUUACAUACCUCCCGUUAUGCCUUAUGGUACACCACCUCCUCCUCAAUUGCCAUUAGCCCCAGGUCCCGGUGGAUCACCUUUAUCAACUUUGACAUCAGAGCAAACCAAGGAAACUGUAUACUUGUAUAUACCUAAUGCCGCUGUCGGUGCCAUAAUUGGUACUGGAGGUAGUACCAUUCGAGAUAUGAUAAACUCUUCAGGUGCAAGUAUUAAGGUUGCUCAGCCUCCUAAAGAUGAAAAAUCAAGACAAACACCUCCCAAUGAUCAACAAUUGUCUUCAAGCCAAGAGCCACAGGCUCAAUCUGAACAGAACCAGCAACAGUCCUCAGAGACGCAAUCACAGACGCAACAAACAGCUCAACAACAAUCACAAUCACCUUCGUCUGUACAAUCGUCCUCUUCCUCUCCCUCCCAAAUUUCCUCUCAACUGCCAUCACCAUUAUCGCAAACAUCAGAUAAUAGAACGAACGAGAGAAAAGUAACCAUAAUAGGUACGCCUGAGGCGCAAUGGAAAGCUCAGUUCAUGAUAUUUAGGAAAGUUGGUUACGAGGGACUUUCUGGUCCUCAAGAGGCCGCAUUGAAGGUGGAAAUUAUGGUUCCUUCGAACCAAGUGGGUCGUAUUAUCGGUAAAGGAGGUGUGACCGUUCGCGAGCUUCAAAAUUAUACUCAUGCAAUCAUCAAGUUACCCGAAGAGGGACAAAAUAGUUCUUCAGACGAGACACCAGUCCACAUUAUUGGCGAUUUUCUUGCCACACAAGCCGCUCAAAGGCAAAUACGAGCUUUGGUUAAUAGAGGAAAAUAUACCAAUAGUAGAAAAGAAACUGGUGGAGAUCGAAAUGACAAGAAUGACCGAAUAGGUCGAACAGUUGAACGAACGGACAAAAACGCAACUACUGGUGGUGAUAGUGGACCUGCCGUUACCGCUGGAGGUGGUGACGGUGGUAACAUUACAGAGAAGAAUAAUUCAAGUCAUCAAGUGUGAAAAUUAAAAACACUAAUUGAACAACAUUCAACUACAUUGACGGAGACAUAGAAAGAAAAAAAAUUUAAAUAUUGUUUCUUAAUUUUUCUCAUAUGUCUAUCUCUCUUUUUCCUCUUUCCUCUCUCUCUCUCUCUCUCUCUCUCUCUCUCUCUCUCUCUCUCUUCUCCUUCCUCCAUUUUUUGCUCUCUUUUUUUGAGUUUUUUCCUCUUCCUCUUCCUCUCUCCCUCUCUCUCUUUCUCUCUAAUCGUCAAUGGUCAAGCAAAAACAAAACAAAAAAGUGUUGAUCAAAAAUCGUUGGAGAAUCUUUUGGGAGUGUCACCUCUAUAAGGUAUUCGGGGCAAGGCGUGGUCCAGAGUUUAUAUUGUGUGAAAACAUGUAUAACUCUUGACCAAGUUUGUCUUUCGGUUAUCUUUCCCUUCUCUCUCCUUCUCUCUCUCUCUAUCUUCUUCUCUAUCUCUCUCUGUAUGUACCUCUUUAGAGGAAGUUAAUCUAAUUGCACGGACACCUUAUAAAACUAAAAGAUGCUUUUGAUACCAUUUAAAACAUAAUCUAAAA